GCUCAGAAAUUCUGUCGCCAGGGAAGAAGUAAUAUUGUCCAGCAUAUUAAAGAUUCAAUUCAUGCCGAAUUUGAGGGACUCAUAAAGCCGAAAAGGGAAAACCGUCAAGUAACCCGCGAUGAAGAACGGAGGUUCAAAAAUUCAAAAAUCACACGAGAAUGUUAUUCAAAAUUAAAUAGCCCUGUCGAUGUUGAUGAUGACCCAAAUUAUACAUAUCUUAACUUCAUACUUGAUCGUGCAUUUCCAGAUCCAAAGACGGAAAAAAAUUCUAUUGCAUUUGGGAUGGCCGUUGCAUUCAACUAUCUUGACCCUACAAAAGGGAUUAUCAUGGUUCCGAGUGAGGUUAUUGAAAAAAUGAAUUAUUUCCUUGAAAAGAUGAAUGUUCCAGAUCGUGAGAGUUGUGAAUGA